CGACAUCACGAGUGCAGUUUAGUGUACAGAGAGCGCGCAUGCGUGGAAGUUGCAACCGUGGUUUUUAAGAGUAUUUUAAGUAGUUUAUCAAUGAAGGAUUAAUUACAUAAAAAGUUGAAAAAGCCCGGUAAACUAAUUCGAUCAGAAAAUGCGCGAUAUGGUGUAGCAGUAUCGUUGUAUAGACAUUUCCGAGGUUACGAGUGAUUUCUAAAGAGAAAAUUAUCUUAGUGGCUGUGUUUUGGAAAGGCGUGCGGGGAAACUUUUUCUGGUCUAAUGACAACACACUGAUCAACAAUGGGGGUAGUAUCAGUGGCGUCAGCGGCUGCAAAGUCAGCCUUGACCAUCGCGGGCAUUGGGAAACUCACCUUCAUACCCCUUAUGCUGGCCAUGAUGGCUUACUUCAACUACGACUUGUUAGACCCAGAAAACCGGCCUUUCAACCAGAAAAAUCUACGAGAAAUGUAUGAUUUUGUUAUAGUGGGGGGAGGGUCAGCUGGUUCGGUGCUGGCCAAUAGGCUUUCAGAAGUGGAAGGCUGGAAUGUUCUUUUAUUAGAGGCUGGAGGACAUGAGAACGAUAUAAGCGAUGUCCCAUUGCUCUCCCUGUAUUUGCAUAAAAGCAAAUUGGAUUGGAAGUACAGAACUCAGCCCCAAGACACGGCAUGCCAAGCUAUGAUUGACAAGCGCUGUGCAUGGACCAAGGGGAAGGUGCUCGGAGGCUCCUCGGUUCUCAACACUAUGCUGUACAUCAGAGGGAACAAGAGAGACUUCGACCAAUGGGAGUCGUUUGGCAACCCUGGCUGGGGCUAUGAAGAUGUCCUGCCUUACUUCAAGAAAUCUAUGGACCAGAGGAACCCUUAUCUGGCGAGGGAUAAAAGAUAUCACGCUACAGGUGGUUAUCUUACCGUGCAAGAUGCUCCUUACAACACUCCUCUCGGCGCGGCUUUCCUCCAAGCCGGAGAAGAGAUGGGCUACGAUAUAGUCGACGUCAAUGGAGCACAACAAACUGGAUUUGCUUGGUACCAAUUCACCAUCAGACGAGGCACCCGUUGCUCAACAGCAAAGGCCUUCCUUCGUCCAGUAAGACUACGACACAACCUUCAUGUCGCACUGUUUGCACACGUCACCAAAGUACUAAUAGAUAAGGAAACUAAGAGAGCGAUUGGAGUAGAAUUCUUUAGAGAUGGUAAAAUGCAAGUUGUUUACGCUAAAAGAGAAGUGAUUCUAGCGGCAGGUGCUAUAGCAUCCCCUCAACUUCUUUUAUUAUCUGGUAUUGGACCUGAAGAGCAUCUUAAAGAAGUGGGUAUAGAUGUAGUACAUAAUUCUCCUGGAGUUGGCAAAAACUUACAAGAUCAUAUAGCCGUUGGAGGAAUAUUAUUUAGAAUAGAUUAUCCCGUCAGCUUAGUCAUGAAUAGACUUGUAAAUAUUAAUGCAGCUCUACGUUAUGCUGUCACUGAAGAUGGUCCUUUGACCUCCAGCAUUGGACUUGAAGUGGUUGCUUUUAUAAACACAAAAUAUGCUAAUAAAACAGAUGAUUGGCCAGAUAUGGAGUUUAUGAUGACUUCUUGUUCGACGCCUUCUGACGGAGGUACGCAAGUUAAAAAAGCCCACAGUCUUACCGACGAGUUUUACAAUGAGGUUUUCGCCGAAAUCAAUAAUCAAGACGUAUUCGGAAUUUUCCCAAUGAUGUUACGCCCAAAGAGCAGAGGCUUUAUCAAAUUAAAAUCUAAAAACCCUUUCGAUUAUCCACUGAUGUAUCACAACUAUUUGACACAUCCUGAUGAUGUAGGGGUUUUAAGAGAAGGUGUAAAAGCUGCUGUGGCUGUAGGGGAGACUCAAGCUAUGAAACGUUUCGGCGCAAGGUUCCACAGUAAACCUUUGCCGAAUUGCAAGCAUCUACCAUUGUUUACUGAUGAAUAUUGGGAUUGUUUUAUAAGACAAUAUACUAUGACAAUAUAUCACGUUUCUUGUACAGCAAAAAUGGGGCCUUCUAGUGAUCCCAUGGCUGUUGUCGAUCCACAGUUACGAGUCUAUGGUAUAGAGGGACUUCGCGUCAUAGAUGCUAGUAUAAUGCCCACCAUUACAAAUGGGAAUAUUAAUGCUCCCGUCAUAAUGAUAGGAGAAAAAGGAGCUGAUCUGAUUAAAGAAACAUGGUUGCCAAAGAGAAGGCGAAGAUCGACAAAAUGCUCGAAAAUGGAGCUACUAGCUAAUAAUAUAACUAAUUUACCGUUAUGCAGAAUAGAAAGAUGACAUAGAUAAUUUUUUAUUUAGGCCAUAUUAUAGUCCUUAAUAAAAAUACCAAAAUAUUAUAGUGGUUUGUGAUAUAAGUGGUAUUUGACAAAGAUAUAGUUACAAGUAACAUCACUUUUCUAGUCUAUAAAAUACGAUAAAUAUGUAACGUGGUUGUUUAGUUUUAAUUUUAGUUCCUUUUUGUAUUAAUGGGUAAAUUCUAUACAAAAUUAGUAAAUGAUGCAUUUGGCAAAAUUUUG